AUGGCUUUUACUCGCGAAAUCACCCCUAUUCCAGUUAUUCCAGUUCAACCUGGUUUCUCUCGCCAUGUCAUGGACGGAUGCCUCUUACCGCCCCCUCUAUUACGCCAGCCGACCUGGGACUGUCGACCGUCCUUCUACUAUCACGUUAACCGCCUCCGGAGCAUAUUGAAGCGUGUCAAUCCCGAGCAGACCGUUAUAGGGAGAGUGGAGAUAUGGUUCGUGCCGAAGCAUAUCAGGCCGACAUUGAUAGGGUUAGAAAUGGCGUGGUAA